GUUACUGGGGCAGUUUCCCCGCCGGAUCCAAAAGAGGAGUGCACCGAGUGUCGCGGGAGCGGCGCUUUGGUCUUCUGCACCCGCGAUAUGGCUUUCAACUUUGUGGUUCCUUCGGGCACCUCGGGCACCGCUGCAGCCACCGCGGCCCCAGCGGGUGGGUUUGGAGGAUUUGGGACAACAUCUACAACAGCAGGUUCUGCAUUCAGCUUUUCUGCUCCAGCUAACACAGGCACUACGGGACUCUUCGGUGGUACUCAGAACAAAGGUUUUGGAUUUGGUACUGGUUUUGGCACAACAACUGGAACUAGUACUGGUUUAGGUACUAGUUUGGGAACUGGACUGGGAUUUGGAGGAUUUAAUACACAGCAGCAGCAGCAGCAAACUACAUUAGGUGGUCUCUUCAGUCAGCCUACACAAGCUCCUGCCCAGUCCAACCAACUGAUAAAUACUGCAAGUGCUCUUUCUGCUCCAACGCUAUUAGGAGAUGAGAGGGAUGCUAUUUUGGCAAAAUGGAAUCAACUGCAGGCCUUUUGGGGAACAGGAAAAGGAUAUUUCAAUAAUAACAUUCCACCAGUGGAAUUCACACAAGAAAAUCCCUUUUGCCGAUUUAAGGCAGUAGGUUAUAGUUGUAUGCCCAAUAAUAAAGAUGAAGAUGGGCUAGUGGUUUUAAUUUUCAACAAAAAAGAAACAGAUAUUCGAAGCCAGCAACAGCAAUUGGUAGAAUCGUUGCAUAAAGUUUUGGCAGGAAACCAGACCCUCACUGUAAAUGUAGAGGGUAUUAAAACGUUGCCAGAUGAUCAGACAGAAGUUGUCAUUUAUGUUGUUGAGCGUUCUCCAAAUGGUACUUCAAGAAGAGUUCCAGCUACAACACUAUAUACGCAUUUUGAACAAACCAAUAUAAAAACACAACUGCAGCAACUUGGUGUAACUCUUUCAAUGACUAGAACAGAACUUUCUCCUGCACAGAUCAAACAGCUUUUACAGAAUCCUCCUGCUGCUAAUAUGUUUGCUAGAAAUUUGGGGAAAUUACAAGCUAAAGGAAAAUUGUCCAUAAUCCAUCUACCCAAAGGUGUUGAUCCUAUUAUCUGGGAACAAGCCAAGGUGGAUAACCCUGAUUCUGAAAAGUUAAUUCCUGUACCAAUGGUGGGUUUCAAAGAACUUCUUCGAAGACUGAAGGUUCAAGAUCAGAUGACUAAGCAGCAUCAGACCAGAUUAGAUAUCAUAUCUGAAGAUAUUAGUGAAUUACAGAAGAAUCAAACUACAACUAUGGCCAAAAUUGCACAAUAUAAGAGGAAACUCAUGGACCUUUCUCAUAGAACCUUACAGGUCCUAAUCAAACAGGAAAUUCAGAGGAAGAGUGGAUAUGCCAUCCAAGCUGAUGAAGAGCAGUUGCGAGUUCAGCUAGAUACAAUUCAGUGUGAACUAAAUGCACCUACUCAGUUUAAGGGCCGACUGAAUGAACUAAUGUCCCAAAUCAGGAUGCAGAAUCAUUUUGGAGCAGUCAAAUCUGAAGAAAAAUAUUAUAUAGAUGCAGAUCUGUUACGAGAAAUCAAGCAGCAUUUGAAACAACAACAGGAAGGCCUUAGCCACUUGAUUAGCAUCAUAAAAGAUGAUCUAGAAGAUAUAAAGUUGGUAGAACAUGGACUGAAUGAAGCCAUCCACGUCAGAGGUGGUGUCUUUAGUUGACAGUCCACAAACGUGUUAAAGAUUUGUAAUGUAUCUUCUUACUACAUCACGCCUUCCUUAAGAAUGAAACUGACCACAUGGGGGGAUAAAACGAUCCUCUCCUGGCUUGGUUUUUGAGAAGAUUACUGACAAAUUAUUGUUCUUCAAAUCUGAAAUAAGUCACUUCUCAGCCCUUCAAAGAUAGCCUUUGAAAGAUUUGAGAAGUACAUCAUUACCAAAAAUACCUAUUAUUGUACAUUUUUACAACAGCAUUUCUAUUAAAAAUAAUCAGUGUUUAAUGAUUAUUCUCCAUUGAGCCUAUACUUUCCAUAGCAAAUAAAUAUGAAAUACCUACUUUGCA